AUGACUCCUCAGAAGCCACAGGACAUACUGGGCAAAUCAAGAACACGCACCGUAAAUAAGCAGCUUACUACGCGCUGGAGGCAGCGUGAGAACAGAAGCCUGGAUCACGCCUUCCGCUUGCUGCAGCCCGGGGGGGUCCUCACCUACUGCAACCUGACCUCCUGGGGGGAGCUGCUGAAGACCAAGUACACCGACAUCGAGCAGAUGUUUGAGGAGACCCAGGUGGGGCAGCUGGUGGAGGCCGGGUUCAAGGAGGAGAACAUCAGCACAACGGUGAUGGAGCUGGUCGCCCCCCGGGACUGCCGGUACUACUCCUUCCCCAAGAUGAUCACACCCACCAUCGUCAAGCACUGAGGGUGCCCGGCUGCGCCGUCCCUUGGCGGGGGGGGGCUGAUCACACACCCCGCGAGGAGCAGGAGAGCUCUGCUCUCCUCCAGUGCGAACGAGAGAAGGUUGAAGCUGAUUUGUCUGGAGGGGAUGGGGGUUCUGGCUCUCCACGGGACCUCCUGGACACGAGGGCUCGAGUCCUGGCCCCACUCUGGGUGUCACGGCCUGAUGCAGCCCCCGCCCCCAGGGCUCUGCUCCAGACUCGCCCUCAUCUCAGUGAAGCUGCAAUCCAAGAGCAUCUUCAGGGCCUUUAGUCAAAGGGGUUCAAGGAUGAGCCGUUUCCUCUAAAAACUGGAUCAUUUUUGGCAAUCAUAGCGAGGGGAUUUCCCUGCAUGAGCCAAAUAAUCUAAACCAGGCAGGAGAAGCGGGGGAGGAUGGGGCAGCUGGGGGCAUUUUGGCUGCUCCUGGAUCAACCCCCCAGCAAGGUUUCCCUGAUACCUCUGGCUAAAGCCCAUCGUAGCAAGUUCAGACCCCGACGCCCUCCAUGCAGCUCGACAGCACGUAAAUGACGCUUCCUCUCUCUACCCAGAAGGGAUAAAAUCCAUUAAAAAUGAAUGAAACACA